AUGCCACAGCAAUUCGACUUAGUACAAUGCAUGAAACAGCAGGGAACGCAUGUUGGCAAGGUGUGCUCCAGGUGUGAUGGAAAGUGCCCCAUGUGCGAGUCUCUAGUUCAUCCCUAUAAAUUGGUGUAUAUCUGCGAUGACUGCUCAUAUGGAUCGUUUGCCAACAAAUGCAUUCUUUGCGGUGCAAGUGGUGGUAAAGAUGGCGAACAAUUGACAGAUGCUUAUUACUGCUAUGAGUGCUGCAUGCAAGGCAAAGAUAGGAACGGAUGUCCUAAGAUUCUCAAUAUGGGUAGUACAAGGACUGACAUGUACUUCCAGAAGAGAAGAGAGAAGACCUGA